AUGUACGUUAUCAUCUCUUACACGCAGAGGGAUUUCAACACGGCGCUGUCAGCCAAGAAGCAGACCGACUUUUAUGAUGUGGUGUUCAAGUUUAUAAUUAUCAUAAUCGUCGCUGCGCCCUUCUUUGCUCUCUUCGACUACGUCCAGGAACUACUGUCCCUCGAGUGGCGCCUGUGGCUCACCAACCUGCUGCUCUCCAGAUACUUUGCCAACCACGCAUUUCUGGAUUUGAAGAUGGCUGGGAAACUGGACAACCCCGACCAGCGUAUCUGCGAGGACGUGAAGCACUUCGUCCGGACGUCCCUGAAUCGUAUCUGCGGGGACGCUCUUAGGGCGUAUCCCUGGGUGGUGGCAGGGCCACUAUUAUCAUCACUCCUCGUCGCCUUUGCCUAUGUGCUCUGGGACACCUCUCCCCUUCUAGUCUGGGACAUCUCACCCCCGCUAGUCUGGUUUCUGCUGGCCUAUGCAGUGUCAGACACCUUUGUGAUGGUCCGAGUGAUAGGCAUGUGUCUCCAAUCCCUUUUCCCCCCUUCUCCCCCACCCCACAGGGACAUCUCCCCCCCGCUAGUCUGGUUUCUGCUGGCCUAUGCAGUCUCUGGCACAUUUGUGGUGGUCAGAGUGGACAUCUCCCCCCCGCUAGUCUGGUUUCUGCUGGCCUAUGCGGUCUCUGGCACGUUUGUGGUGGUCAGAGUGUUUGGCAAGCGACUCACCUGGCUGCAGUUCCAGGGCUUUCAACGGGAGGCAGACCUGCGUUACUCCCUGGUGCGAGUGAAGGACAACGGCUUUCAACGGGAGGCAGACCUGCGUUACUCCCUGGUGCGAGUGAAGGACAACGGCUUUCAACGGGAGGCAGACCUGCGUUACUCCCAGGUGCGAGUGAAGGACAACGGCUUUCAACGGGAGGCAGACCUGCGUUACUCCCUGGUGCGAGUGAAGGACAACGUGGAGUCAAUCGCAUUCUACCGUGGGGAGGUCAAGGAGGAGGCGUCAGCUAAGGACAAUGUGGAGUCGAUCGCGUUCUACCGCGAGGAGGUCAAGGAGGAGGCCUCGGCUAAGGUGGGUGGUAGCCAAUUCUCGUUCCCUUACCUUUGCCCUGUGCCCCUUCCAUGCCCCUCCCAAUUCUUCCUGCACCGGGUAGCUCUGAACGUGCGCAACCCUCUGGUGCUGCACUUUCACCUCUCCUUCAAUGCAGCCUCUUCUUUGUAUCCCUCACCCUCCCGGCCCCUUUGUUCCCGCCAGUCCUUCCUGCACCGGGUGGCUCUAAACUCUUUCCUGCACCGAGUGGCCCUCAACGUGCGCAACCGCCUCGUGCUGCAGUUCCACCUCUCCUUCUUCACCAACCUCUACGACUUUGCCACCAUCUUCGUCCCUGCGGUCAUUGUGGCCCCGCGAUACUUCUCCGGCGCUUGUGCUGCCCCUCCCGUGUGGCCUCUCCUCUCACCCAUCUAUCAAUUCACCAACCUCUACGACUUCACCACCAUCUUCGUCCCUGCCGUCAUCGUCGCCCCACGCUACUUCUCCGGAGCUGUGAGUGCCUCCCCUCCCAUCCCGUUUCAUGUUGCUUCAUGCACUUUUCCGUUCACUCCCACCCACCUCUCCUUCACCAACCUCUACAACUUUGCCACCAACUUCGUCCCUCCCUGCUGUCAUCGUCGCCCCAUGCUACUUCUCCGGAGCUGUAAGUGCUGCUCCUCCCGUCCCGUUUACAUGUUGCUUCAUGUACUCUUCCAUUCACACCUCUCCUUCUUCACCAACCUCUGCGACUUCGCCACCAUCUUUGUCCCUGCUGUCAUCGUCGCCCCGCGCUACUUCUCCCGAGCUGAAAGUGCUAUCCUUGCCCUUGCCCUGAGGUCCUGCCACCAUCCUUCACCGUCUUCUUUCUUCACCAACCUCUGCGACUUCGCCACCGUCUCCGUGCAAGCUGUCAUCGUGGCACCGCGAUACUUCUCCGGAGCUGUAAGUUUUCCCCUCUCCCUGGGGCACCGCUCGCUCCCCCCUUCCACCCCACUCUCCCUCCUCCAACCUGCCCACCCCCUGCCUACUCCCGCCUGCCACGUGUUUGAAGAAGUCGAGUUCGGGGUGAUAUCACAGGCGGGCUAUGUCUUCAGCACCAUCUACCGCGCACUCAGAUUCGAGUUUGGCGUGAUAGCGCAGGCCAGCUAUGCCUUCAGCACCAUCUACCGCGCUCUCACAGUCGAGUUUGGCGUGAUAGCGCAGGCGGGCUACGCUUUCAGCACCAUCUACCGCGCGCUCACAGUCAUUGUUCUCAACUUCAACUCCUUCAGUGAGCGUCUGGACAGCCUACUCUCGUCCUUCCCUCCAUAUGCCCGAGCUGGCAGCGGAGACAGAGCGUCUGGAGAGCUUGCCACUCGUCACACUUCUGAAUCCGCACCUGCUCUCAUAUCAGCAGCAGAGGCAUCGGCAGGCUCUGUUGCUUCGGGUGUUUUGCCAGGUGGUUCCCAUGGGGAGGGUGCCCCGCUGCUGGAGUUGACUGCUAUGGGGGGAAGCACAGGUGGUGGCGGUGCUGCUGCUGCUGAAAGAGAAGCUGCUGUUAUUGAAUGCACCACUGCAACAGGUCGCAUUCAGCGCAUAGAAGGCCCGUGCCUCACACUCACCUCUGUCAUCAUCCGCGCACCCAACCUCCAAUUCAACCCUUGCCCCUCUGACCCCCCUCGUGCCCUCACUUCCCUCCGCCCCAGGUCGCAUUCAGCGCAUAGAAGGCCCGAGGUUUCACUUCCGGAUUUGGCUGAGCGGGUGGGGGGGCUCGCUGUGGAAUGUGACUAUUCUGACAUGCUUUCUAUGGGGGAGCAGCAGCGGGUGGCGUUCGCUCGUCUUCUUCUGCAGCGGCCGUACAUGGCGUUUUUGGACGAGGCGACGAGUGCGUUGGACGGGGCGAAUGAGGCGCGGCUGUAUGGGAUGAUGCGGGAGAGGGUGAAGUCGUUUGUCAGUAUGGGACACAGGACGAGUUUGAUUAAGUUCCACACGUUGGUCCUGGCGUUUGACGAGGAUGGCGAGGGGUGGGAAGUGGUCACUUCGGAGGAGUUUGGGAGAAGAAAAGGGAUCUGA